CUUUUUGUUUUUUCCCUCUUCUGUUGCUGUUUUCGCUUGUACUUUCUUCCGGUUCCCUCUCUUCAUUGCCAUUGCCAUUGCCAUUGCCAGCCAAUUCUCCACAUCCUCCACCCACUCUCUCUCUAAACCCCCUCCCUUUCUCUCUCCUCUAUAAAUUCUCCUUCCUCCAUUUCCCAUACCCAUUUACUUUCUUACUCAAACUCAUCUUCUUCCUUCUUUCAACUAUGAAGGAAUACUGGUCCUCUCUUGCUUCUCUUCUCGGCGUUUUAGCCUUCUGUCAAACUCUCCUUCAAGCAAUCUUCCCACCCGAGCUCCGUUUCGCCGCCCUCAAACUCUUCAACCAAAUCUUCCGUUGCUUCUCCUCCUACGUCUACUUCGACAUCACCGAAAUCGACGGCGUCAACACCAACGAACUCUACAACGCUGUCCAGCUCUAUUUAAGCUCCUCUGUUUCCAUCUCCGGCAAUCGAUUGAGUCUCACGCGCGCCCUCAAUUCCAGCGCCAUCACUUUCGGUCUCUCCAACAAUGACUGCAUCCUCGAUUCCUUCAAUGGCGUCACCGUCCAAUGGGAACACAUCGUCACUCAGAGACAAGCUCAAGGUUAUCUAUGGCGCCCUUUACCAGAGGAAAAAAGGGGAUUCACUCUCCGAAUCAAGAAGAAAGAUAAACCCCUUAUUUUAGAUUCCUAUCUCGAUUUCGUCAUGGACAAAGCUGAAGAAAUCCGUCGUAAGAAUCAAGAACGGCUUCUGUAUACGAAUUCACGAGGUGGGUCGUUGGAUUCGAGAGGCCAUCCAUGGGAGUCGGUGCCAUUUAAACAUCCAAGCACAUUUGACACAUUGGCUAUGGACCCACUUAAGAAGCAACAGAUUAUGGAAGAUCUUCAAGAUUUCGCUAACGGCCAAAGAUUUUACCAACAGACAGGCCGGGCCUGGAAAAGGGGUUAUCUCUUAUACGGCCCUCCUGGCACUGGUAAAUCCAGUAUGAUCGCUGCAAUGGCGAAUUUUCUUGGUUAUGACAUUUACGAUCUCGAACUUACUGAAGUUCACAACAAUUCUGAACUCCGGAAACUCCUCAUGAAAACCACUUCAAAAUCCAUCAUCGUCAUCGAAGACAUUGAUUGCUCCAUCAACCUCACCGAUCGGAAGAAGAAAAAUUCUGGGACGAGAAGUUACUACGAUUUACCGAAUUUCCGAUGUGGUGGCGUUGGUGGUGGCGGUGGCGGGUAUGGUUCUAUUUCCGGCGACGACGGUGGUGGUAAUUCGAUUACUCUUUCUGGGUUACUAAAUUUCACCGAUGGGUUGUGGUCUUGCUGUGGCAGUGAGAGGAUUUUCGUCUUCACAACGAACCACAUUGAGAAACUUGACCCUGCAUUGCUUCGAAGUGGGAGAAUGGAUAUGCAUAUUUUCAUGAGUUAUUGUUCUUUCUCUGCAUUGAAGAUACUUCUGAAGAAUUACUUAAAUUGCGAAGAACACGAACCCGACUGUUCUAUUUUGGAUGAAAUUAAGGACGUUAUCGAUAAGGCAAAGAUGACGCCGGCGGAUGUGAGUGAGCUUCUUAUAAAAAACCGUCGCUGUAAACACAGAGCAGUGGCAGAGCUGUUAGAGACAUUGAAAUCAAAAGCAGAGGAAAAUGAGAAAAAUGGUGGAGAAUUGAGGAAAAAGGAAAUAGGUUCAGAGGAAGAAGAAGAACAAGAGAAGAGAACUCUGGAUAGUCCUAAAGAAGGAUCUGAAUUUGAAGAAGAAUGCAGCAAAGAAACAGAGGAAGAUGAUGAAAAAGACGACAACAAUUUCAUUGAGUAAUAAAAAUGGUAAAGAUUCACUUUCUUUUCCCUCCUUUUUUUCCUUUUUGUGUGACUGAAGUGAAAAGGUGAAAAAAAAAGGAAAAUUUUUUUUACUGUGGAGAGAAAAUCAAGAUCUAUGAAAUCAUCUUGGAUCCAAUCCUAAUCAACAUGUUAAAAGAUCUAUCAUCAUUAUUAUUUAAAUAAUGAAAUUUAUAUUACGUCAUCAUUUUGUAUGUGAACAAUUGGCAUCACAUAAUUUUAUUGGUUAAUUCUAUA